UCCAAAUAUCAAAACUUCGCUUCUCGAAUUUCAGGAGAAGAUCCAACAUGACAAUGCUGUUGUUGCUUGUACUAUGUUCUACAGUAUAUGCGUACUCAGAUGAAUGGGAUAUUUUUACAUACACACAGGAGUGGCCUGUAGCCGUUUGCAUAAAGGGCAAGGAAGAGCAUCACUCCUGUUCUAUUCCGCAAGGUGUGCAGGGCUGGGGUAUACAUGGAAUGUGGCCUACAAAGACGGGAACGGAAGGGCCGACAAGCUGUGGAACCCAGCCUUUCAAUACGGACGCCAUUUCGGUGCUUCUUCCCCAUUUGAAGAUUUUGUGGCCAAACAUGUACUCCGACACUUCUGAAUACAGUUUCUGGGAACAUGAAUGGAGUAAACACGGAACUUGCGCCAGCUCACUCAACGUAACUUCUACAGAGUAUAGAUAUUUUUCUAAAGCUCUGGAUCUGUAUACACGAUAUAACGGACAAACAUUAUUGGCCAACCAAGGAAUUGUACCAAGCCAUACCGCGACUUAUAAUAUCAAGCCAACAGAGGCCGCUUUGAAGAGAGAACUCGGUGUUAACGCGUUGGUUCAAUGCACAUAUGACCAUGAUAUGAAGAGACAAGUCAUUUACGAAAUAGAGAUUUGCUUGAGUAAGACCUUUGAGCCCGUGGACUGUUACCCAGAUUCCGAAAACACUUCCGGAAAGAGGAGCCACCAUUAUCAUCAUAAAUAUAGCAGUCAUCCAGAAAGUUCAUGUCCGGAAAGUUACGGAUUUUACUACCCACCUAUUGACGGGGUGUACAGCAACAAAAAUACACUGUAAUGGUUACGGAAAAUAAAUUCUUGUUUAUGUUA